CAAAUACUCCUCAGUACAUGAAAAACUGAGAGAAGCACCUGUAAAUUGUAAAUCACCCUGAACACCUGUAAUACCAGUGCAUGUAGUAUCUGUAAAACCACUUUGAUGUCACAUCUGAAGAAAAUAUUUCGAGGUCCCACAAAGGACAAAGCCAUGGGAGAAUUGGAUGGCAUCAAGGUGCAUCAGUUCACUGACAAUCCUACAAAAGCAUGGUCAAUGUUGAAGGUGAAACAAAAAGUGAAAAAAGUUACUUGUUUGCCACUGGAUACUCCCAUCUACCCAGACAAAGUGAGAUUUGUUUGUAUAUCAGAUACUCACCACCAAACACACAAAAUGAACCCAAUACCAAAUGGAGAUGUCUUGCUGCAUGCUGGAGAUUUCACUUUCCAUGGAGAGAUUGAUCAAACCAUUGCUUUUAAUGAAUUUUUGGGAAGCUUACCUCACAAAUAUAAAGUGGUCAUUGCUGGAAAUCAUGAUAUAACUUUUGAUGAGGAAAGUUUAGCCACCAGACCAAACCUUAAGCAUGUCUUCAGAAUAGAUGUGGAUAAAUUGAAAGCAACCCUCUGUUCAAAAACAGGGAAAGAGAAUCCACACAUGUGGGAUCUUCUCACUAACUGCAUCUAUUUGCAAGACUCUGCCAUUGAUAUCUAUGGUUUAAAGAUCUAUGGUUCACCCUGGCAGCCAGAAUUCUGUGGCUGGGGAUUCAAUGUUACAAGAGGAAAAGAUAUAUUGGAGAAGUGGAAUCUUAUUCCAAAGGAUGUUGAUGUUCUUUUGACUCAUGGACCUCCUAUUGGCCAUGGAGAUAUAUGUUUUGAUGGACUUAGAACUGGUUGUGUGGAACUGCUCAGUGUCAUUCAGAACCGAGUUCAGCCUAAGUAUCACAUCUUUGGCCACAUUCAUGAAGGUUAUGGUGUGACAACAGAUGGGACAACAACCUUUAUCAAUGCCUCAACUUGCACGCUUCGGUAUAAGCCAACAAACCCACCCAUCCUUUUUGACCUGCCUCUGCCAGAAGGAUACACCAAGGAAAAUGAUGGGGCUGGUGUCUCGGCAGAUUACAAGGGUUGAUUAAUAAGUAGUGAGCCUCGUAUAGAAGGGGUACACAUUUUACAAGUAUUUUUCUUUAUUUUUCAACAUAGUCUCCUUGAGUAUCUAUACACUUUUGCCAGUGAGUUUUGAGAGCCUCUAUGCCACUUUUGUAGAAGCCCUUCUCUUGGCCGUUCAGAAACCCCUCCACUUCACGUAUGGCGUCAUCAUCUGACACAAAGUGAGCACCUGAAAUGGCCUUUUUCAAUUUGGGAAAUAGAUAAUAGUCAGAGGGAGCAAGGUCAGGCGAAUAAGGUGGAUGUUCUAUCAGUUCAAAGCCACACUCAUUGAAUGAAGCCAUGGCAAUGACAGACUUGUGAGCAGGGGCAUUGUCCUGGAGGAACAGUACACCUUUCCUGAGCUUUCCGCUGCCUCGUCGACAUAAACUAACCAAAUGACACCAAACUUUGGCUACACACCUUUAAAUAGUCAGGGAAUAGAAGGGCUGAAAAGGGAUAUCCCUGCUUAACCCCUUCCACACGAGGCUCACUCCUUAUCAGUCAACCCUCGUAAGCUGUCUACCCUGCAAUUGGAUUUUUAUUGGAUCCAUCCCUUCUAGUCCAACUGAAAUGUUUUUGGACAGUUGGUUCUUUAUGUUAGAUUUCUGAAUAUUUAAUAAGAACAAAUUUGUGAUAUCAAGCUGUGAUGUCUCUAUUUGCAUUCCUUAAAAGGAAAACAGCUGUUCAUUUUGGCCAAAAAAAUAGAUUUUCCUGGAGUAAAUGACAAUUUUCCCAUUCUUGCCAAUGGUUAAUGAAUCCUUUCUGACAUUCAAAGUUAGUCCCUUUUUUUCUAAAAAGUUAGGUAAUCUUAAGCAAUUAUUACAGCGGGUAGCCAUCUAUGGAGGUCACAUGUUCGGAUGGCAAACAAAGUUUCCAGAAUAAUUGUGAUUACUGCCGUAAUGGUGGCAACAUAGAAUUUAUAAUUACUUUUAGGAGUUGUUUACAACAAAUUUAUUGUGAAAUAUGGAUCUCAUACAAAGAAUUGUUAUACUUUAACUGCAAAUUUUAACUCAGGGUCUGAUAUGCAAAUUUUUGUGAUUGACUAAAUUUGAUUUUCAGUAAUAGACCUAACCAGUUUGUGAUAUUAUCUUAUUACCUUUUAUUAUGUAUAUAUAGCAAUCAAGACAAAAUGCCUUGGAUUUGCUUAAGCUAGGUUAGCUGUAAACUGUUUGAUGAACAUGAUUAACCCUUUUAUUUAAUAAACUGCGAUACUAAUGUCAUUGUUAUCAGCACACUGCAGUUGCCUGCAUUUUUGUGCUUGUCAUUUUGCUUUCACUAUAUUUCUUUAUACAUAAACAGCAGUCCCAUUUUUAAUGUAUUUGCAUAUAAAUGUAUUUUAUUUCUCUUUCAGCUCUGUGGGCUAAUGAAUAUAUAAAUAUCUGUUAUUGUAAAUAUAACUAAUUUGAAAUGCCUUAUUGUUAAAAUUAUAUUGUAUUAAACAGUGGCAAUUAUUAUACUUUUUUGUAUAAUUGAAACAUAAUAAAGGUUAAUUUUUGAAUCAAUUUACCAACAAGUUCAAUUUUGGAUGAAAAAAUAAAUUCUUAUUUUUUGUAAACAUUAAUUUAGAAUGGUAUUAACCUUGUUUAUUCAGUUAUGGUUUUCACCUUAAACAUGCUUGCAGAUCAAGCCACUGAUCCUUGGACAAUAAAUUUGGUAUAUUUGUGAAAUAAUGGCUGUACAUUAUGCAUAUUUUUAUACAUGUCAAGGGCCUUCACAAUAGCUAAACAUUUUUUCAACUUUUUAAAUGAAUCAAACUGAAAUGUUCCAAACCGGUAAGUGACAUUUCCAACAGUAACGAUUUCAAAAUACUCCUUUGAA